CGUUACCUCCUCACACACAUGCAACAUAAAUAAAUUCUCAACUCUCAACUCUCACACACAUUCACCUUCAUCUCAAAUUCUCUCCCAAAAAUCCACACUAAAAUUUCAUUUCACUGCAUAUCUUUUUUUUCUCACUCUUCUGUUUCUAACACAACACUGAAACCUAAGCCAAAACAACAAAAAAAAAUGUCUAGCUCCAAGAAAAAAGUAACCUUAAACUCUGUAUCCAUAAACCUCGGUUGUGGAACAUGUAGAAGACCAAAACUCAGUUUCAUAUUCAACCCAAAACAAAAACACAAAAAACACCACAUUCAUAACAACUCUUCAUCAUCAUCUUCUUCUACAAAUUCAAACCCUUGGAGACAACGAGACAGACACAAUACCGAAACUUCAAGCAGCACUAGCAACGCUACUACACCAACAACAAAAACAUCACUCGACUCAAAUAAAUCACCAUCACUGAAAGGCUUCGGAAGAGUCGGAAACGAAGGAGUAGCGGUUGAGAAAGACUCAGAUGAUCCUUAUCUUGAUUUCCGACAUUCGAUGUUACAAAUGAUAUUGGAGAAUGAGAUAUGUUGUAAGGAUGAUCUUAGAGAGCUUUUGAAUUGGUUUCUUGAGCUGAAUUCGGUGGAACAUCAUGGGAUUAUUAUAAGGGCUUUUACUGAGAUUUGGAAUGGAGUUUUCUCUGUUAAGUCUGGUGUUUCUCCAGGAUUCAAUCUCAACCGUAUGUCACGUGGAUAACUAGUUGUAAAACUAAGUUGUAGUUGUAUGGGAUGUAGCUUAUAAAGUUGUAUAAAUAAGUUGUAGUUUUAUGGGAUGUAGCUUAUAAAGUAGAAUUUGUAUUAGAGAUGUUUGGAAUGAAUUGCAGUUUUAA